AUGGCGACGACUGGACGAUACAAGAUCAAGAAGAAGUACGGUCUUGACCUGCCUUCAAGAGUUCUUGCGAACUUUGCCGAUGUUCUCGAUUUGAAACGUCAAGAAGGGCUGAUGAGGUUGAUUUACGCGGUCAGAAAUAUUUUCCAAGGUGUUUGGAAAGACGGAAAAGCCUGCACAAUUGGGAUGACCGGCUAUGGAGCGGAAGUAGAUGCAUGCCACGAAAUCGAGCAUUAUGGGGGACCCAACGUCGAAGUGUUCGAUUACUGUGAUCGUCAUUUCCGCAUCCUGGAGCUGGACCUCCUCAAGUUCGCUUGGAAACUCACAAGAUUCGAUAAACGACCGUUUUUGUUGGAUCGCCUUGAUUAUGCAAUCGAGAAGGUGGAAGGUGCAUAUUUUUGGCUUCCUAUCAGAUGCGAGAUUUGCAAUGAUCCGGACUACAUCUUGAAUGACCUUGAUGCUCAUGGACUAUUUCCAUGGUGUGUAUGCGAGGAAACGCCGCAAAAGAUGCUAAGUAAAUACAUAAGUGAGGAAUUUAAACCGCUCAUCCAGUCGAUUUUUGCGCCUUUCGAAGAAGCUCAACUAAAGAAGAUCAACUCGAAGAAGCCACUUCCGAUUCAGUCCGAGAUUGCUGCGAAGGAUUUUCCUCCACUUCCCAAAACUCGACGAACUCGACAACGAACUGUCUCUCUUCCAUCGGAUCUCUCUUACAUUCAACUCAAUUUUUCAAUUGAAACUGAAGAAUAA